AUGUUACGGCGUCAAAAGCGUAAGCUUCACACCAUUGCUGUAGCUGCAGAGGACGAUGAAUGGACCGCAUCCAUUGAUCUCAUUGAUGACACAAUGGCUUGCAUUCAGCUGCUAUUAAACCGUAAUGCUGAUGCGUAUGCAGCUCUUGGUUUACCUCCAUUGAUUAUCUGGCAUCAAUUGUACUCGAUUCUACCCAAUCGAACGUUUGUUGAUCAGAAUGUGCAUCGACUACGAAAGAGAGGUCAAUUGAUAACGUUCAAGAUUUCGACAGGGACAGACGAUGUCGUAAUUCUACGUACCGAAGAUUAUGUUACUCAGAUGGAGAAGUAUGAGCGUGUAUUUCGUGAGCAACUAUGCCAACACUCAGAAGACAAAGCUAUCUUGUGCAAGUUGAACGCCAUGGUUGCGUUUAGGCAAGCGCUGGCGCCAAUCACGUCUCUAUCUACUGCUCCAUUGAAAGUGUUUAUAUCGACAAUAAGUGAAAGCGGCGAAUAUGAGAAUGACCAGGAAGUCCAAGCUGUCGUGAGGCAAAUUCAACGACUUGGUUUCUUAAUACCAACGACUCGGUUGGAUGAUGAGGCGUUUUUCUUUUCUGUUCCGGGGAUAGGGAAGCUCAUAUCUGCGAUUAAGAAGACGCGUACGCUCAUCUUGGGCACACUGAAGCGCGUAAAGUAUAAGGAAGUGCUAGAGCAACAGUUAAAGAAAAUCAAGCUGAAGCACUCGCGCUUUCAGCUGGAAUUUCAUUUGGCCGAUAUGGAAGGUUGUGGGUUAAUUCGGCGAACCAAAGUGACGUCGGGCAUUCUAGUCACACUGAAUGACAUGUAA